AUGAGACUGCAGAAACCACUGUGCAGAAACCAGACUGAGUGCAAAACAGUUGGACAAGCUACAUCUGCUGAAGGAGGAUCACUUGUGACAAUGGUUGCAAUAAUCAGUGCUUCUGGAACAGCUGUGCCACCAUUCCUUGUGUUUCCUAGGGUGCAUUUUAAAGGUCACAUGCUGCAUAAUGCUCCACCAGGCUCUGGGGGUGGAGCCACUACCUCAGGAUGGACGAACAGUGAACUAUUUUUACCAGUCCUGCAGCACUUUCUAAAACAUGAAAGGCCUACAAAGGAAAAUCCUAUGCUCAUGAUUCUUGGUGAUCAUGAAAGCCACACAAGCAUAGCAGCAAUAUCAUAUGCAAAAGAAAAUGGAAUUAUUUUGCUUACUUUGCCUCCUCACACAAGCCGUAAGCUCCAACCUCUGGAUGUGGGAGUUGUUGCACCUUUCAAGAUGUUCUACAAUACAGCACGUUGA